AUGGUGCAUGCACUUAGCUCAAGGUUAUCUGAUUUAUGUAACAGUCUUGGGAACAGAGAGCUGGAUGCCAUGGUUCGUGAAAUCCUCAGUCAUCAUCCUAAUACCGGCUACAAAAUGAUGUUAGGUCAUCUCAGAGCCAGAGGAAUAAGGAUCCAACGACGACGUGUGAUCGAAUCCAUGCAUCGCAUAGACCCAGGAGCAGUUAGGCAGCGCACUCUCCAGCUCCAGACGCGCAGGCGCAGACAAUAUUCUGUGCCAGCUCCAAACAGUUUGUGGCAUAUAGACGGCAAUCAUAAACUAAUAAGAUGGCGGGUGGUAAUUCACGGAGGAAUAGAUGGCUUUAGCCGUCUGAUUGUUUAUCUGACUGAUGCUACCAACAACCGUUCUUCUACAGUGAUAAGAAGCUUUCUUGAAGCAGUCAACAGUUAUGGAGUGCCUUCACGGGUUAGAUCUGACAAAGGAGAAGAAAAUGUUGAAGUUGCACGUUUUAUGGUGUCCACCAGAGGAACCAAUCGGAAUUCUCACAUCACUGGAAGAAGUACAAACAACCAACGCAUUGAAAGAUUGUGGAGGGAUGUCUUUGGGGGAGUGUUGGACCUCUUCUAUAAUUGUUUCUACAACUUAGAGAGGGAGGGCCUGCUUAACCCUGAAGAUGAAGUACACAUGUAUGCUUUGCACUGGACCUUUCUUCCACAAAUCCAAAAACACCUAGAGUUUUUCAAGGAUGGUUGGAAUCACCAUGGUUUGCGCACCGAAGGGCACCAAUCACUUCAGUUACGGACUGGAAACCAAAAGGAAGGUCAUGAUUCCCUCCAGGAUUGUAUCCUUAAAAAUGUGUAA